GGAAGAAGAAAAUCCUAGAAAUUUCACAAAUCUGCCGGAUUAGGGUUUCUAGCCUUUUCUCCGUUUCUUGCUUCCGGGAACAGAAGCUCGUGUUCUUGAGAUUUGUUCAUGUUCCGAGUGAGAGCAUAAGCUUGUGGUAUUCUGAUUUGAGAAUACGAUUUGAAAGAAAGGAGCUUUCAUUUUAACACCUGGAAGAGAGUUUAAGAUGGAUGAGGGAGAUGGGAGAGAUCAGAUGGAUCAAUUCCAUCAAAACGAAGCGAUAUCUGCCGUAGCUGACGACGGGUUUAUGGCGGAGGAGGAGGAUGACGAUUAUGAGGAUCUUUACAACGACGUUAAUGUUGGAGAAGGGUUUCUACAGUCUGUGAAAAAGAACGACGAAGCGGGAUCGAGAAACGAGGAGAAGGAGAAGGUUAGUAUCGAGGGGGAUGAUAGGGUUGAACCCGUUUUAGCUACGUCGGAAGCUGAGGUUUCGAUACCUGGUUUGGUUGGUGAGAGCCUUGCUAAAGAAGGAGAAGCAGAAGGGGGAGGAAUUGCUACUGAUGUGGUACUCGCUUCUAGUGGAUACGGAGCUCAAGAGGUUAAGGUAAGCGAUGUUAGCCAUGAGACUCCUGGUGGAAUUGGUGCUGGUACUGGAGGCGGGAUUAGAGUUGAGCUAGGGCCAGCUGCCAAUCGGGCAACUGAUCUUGAGGCUCCUAGAGGAAAUAACAUUUCUCAGGGUCUCUUGCCACCACCGCAUGUGUUAGGAAAUAACGAGAAUUUGAUGAGACCUGUGAUGAAUAAUGUUAAUGGCGGGACUCCUCCUGGACCUGGUAGUAACAUGGUUGGAAACGGAGGUAAUAUAGCUAUGCCUGGUGUUGUUGGCGGGGGAACUGGUGGAGGAGGCGGUGGAACUUUUCUUUUCGUUGGGGAUUUGCAUUGGUGGACAACUGAUGCUGAGCUGGAGGCAGAGUUGUGCAAGUAUGGUGCAGUGAAGGAGGUUAAGUUCUUCGAUGAGAAAGCUAGUGGGAAGUCGAAAGGGUAUUGCCAAGUAGAGUUCUAUGAUCCUAUGGCAGCUACGGCUUGCAAAGACGGGAUGAAUGGUUAUGCAUUCAACGGUAGGCCUUGUGUUGUUGAGUAUGCGUCUCCGUAUUCGAUUAAGAGAAUGGGAGAUGCACAGGUGAAUAGGACCCAACAGGCACAAUCUGUAAUUGCACAAGCUAAGAGAGGAGGGCCUGCUGAUCCUCCAAGUAAACCUGUGGUGACCAACAACAACGCCGCCAUUGGCGGGAAUUUCCAAGGUGGGGAAAAUAGAGGAUUUGGUAGAGGUAAUUGGGGUAGAGGCAAUAAUCAAGGAAUGGGUAGAGGACCAGGUAAUCAAAUGAGGAAUAGGCCUGGGAUGAAUGGAAGAGGUUUGAUGGGUAAUGGUGGAAGUGGGUUUGGUCAGGGCAUGGGUGCAGGACCUCCUAUGAAUAUGAUGCAUCAACCAAUGAUGGGGCAAGGGUUUGAACAAGCUUUUGGUGGACCAAUGGCGCGAAUGGGAGCCUAUGGAGGAUUCCCUGGGGCUCCAGGUCCACCGUUCCCUGGGCUUUUGUCUUCAUUUCCUCCUGUAGGAGGAGUUGGUUUACCUGGAGUGGCACCUCAUGUGAAUCCAGCUUUUUUUGGACGAGGGAUGCCGAUGAAUGGAAUGGGGAUGAUGCCUAAUGCUGGUGUUGAUGGAGGACAUAAUAUGGGAAUGUGGGAUCCUAAUAGUGGAGGAUGGGCUGGUGGUGGUGAAGAUUUGGGUGGUGGAAGAGCUGCAGAAUCGAGUUAUGGGGAGGAAGCUGCAUCUGAUCAUCAGUAUGGAGAGGUUAAUCAUGAUAGAAGUACUCGUCCGAAUCCUGUGAAGGAUAAAGAAAGAGCUUCAGAAAGGGAAUGGUCUGGUUCAUCCGAUAGAAGGAUUCGUGAGGAUAAAGAUGCUGGUUAUGAAAGGGACAUACCAAGGGAGAAAGAUGUUGGUCAUGGUUAUGAGAUACCAGAGAGAAGGCAUCGUGAUGAUCGAGACACUGGUCGUGAGCGUGAGAGGGAACAUCAUCAUAAGGAUCGUGAACGCUCCAGAGAUCGUGAUCGUGACAGAGAAAGGGACAGGGAGAGGGAUCGUCAUAGAGAAGACCGAGAACGAUAUGGUGGUGAUCAUCGUACUAGACACAGGGACGAACCUGAGCAUGAUGAUGAAUGGAACAGAGGUCGGUCAUCGAGAGGACACAGCAAAUCACGAUUGUCUCGGGAGGAUAACCAUCGCUCAAGAUCAAGAGAUGCUGAUUAUGGGAAAAGAAGGCGGCUUACUACUGAAUAAAUAUCGGAUAAGUAGAUUGACUGUGAGAGCUCCUGCAAAACUAUAAUGGAAGAAAAGGAAGAAGAGGAAGAAGAAAGAAGACCUCAGAGAACGGCAGGUUGUUGUCGCAGAAAGAAGUCUGUCACUGGUGAAAUCUGUUCUUCAACUCAGCUUAGUUACCUAGAAGUGGAAAGAAACUUGGCAAUCGUUUGCCUUCUUUAAGUUAUUAGACACCUUACCUGUUGCCAUUUUUAUGUGAAACUUCUAAAGACCAGUGUGUUGUGGUGAUGUUUUGGCCUUUCGGGUUUCCAUCCAUUUGUGUUUAGAUGUUCUUCUUUUAACUGUUUCUGAAUUUGUUGUCCUGUAGUUGUAUUAGUUGCAGCCAAAUAGUUAGCCUGGCCAGUGCUACUGAUUUUGUUUCUCACAUGUUUAAGCCAUUUGGGCUGUAUUGUAUGUAUCUAACUAUCUAUCAUAUUGUAAGCCCUUUCAUCUGCCUUUAGGA